AAAGAAGAAGACGCAAUGUGAAAAAAUAAACAAUGCGGUGAUAUUGAUAACAAAAUAUAGAUCGCUUAAAAAGUGUGCAAAUCAACGCCAAAAAACUAUGGACACACAACCUGAGGUGCCCGAGGUCCCGCUGCGGCCAUUCAAACUGGCGCAUCAGGUUGUGAGCCUCACCGGAAUUAGUUUUGAGCGGCGCAGCAUAAUUGGCAUGGUGGAGCUGACCAUAGUGCCGAACAACGAGAGCCUUCGACUGAUACGUCUUAACGCCAAGCAGCUGCGCAUUUAUAGCGUGGUGCUCAACGAUGUCUGCCAGGCGGAGUUCGUUUACUUUGAUCCGUUUCAGGACAUUUGCCACAAGGAGCCCAAGAGCCGCUCGCUGGAGGUCUACUCAAAGCAUCAUUUGGCUGCGGCUCAAAUCACGGAUCCGGAUGUCAACAAUGGAGAGUUGCUAAUACAGGUGCCGCCGGAGGGCUACUCGCUGAUACAGGAGGGCCGUGGCCUGAGGAUACGUAUUGAGUUCUCUGCGGAAAACCCAAAGAGUGGCAUGCACUUUGUACUGCCGCCGACUUCAACGGAUGAUGAAACCGCGCAGCUCAACUGUGCGCAUAUGUAUACAAACUGCUAUGAGAACUCGACCCGCCUGUGGUUUCCCUGUGUUGAUAGCUUCGCUGAUCCAUGCACCUGGAGACUGGAGUUUACGGUGGACAAGAAUCUAACAGCUGUCUCCUGCGGUGAAUUGGUUGAGGUCAUCAUGACUCCGGAUUUGAGAAAGAAAACAUUUCAUUAUACGGUGUCGACACCGGUGUGUGCGCCCAACAUAGCGCUGGCGGUGGGACCCUUCGAAAUUUACGUGGAUCCGCAUAUGCAUGAAGUGACGCACUUUUGUUUACCCGGCAUGCUGCCUUUGUUGAAGAACACGGUGCGAUAUCUGCACGAGGCCUUUGAGUUCUUUGAGGAGACGCUCUCCACACGGUAUCCUUUCUCCUGCUACAAACAGGUGUUUGUAGACGAACUGGACACGGACAUUAGUGCCUAUGCCACCAUGACGAUAGCCUCCGUCAAUCUGUUGCACUCCAUAGCCAUUAUAGAUCAAACCUACAUUUCCAGAACAUUCAUGUCACGCGCUGUGGCCGAGCAGUUCUUUGGCUGCUUCAUCACAUCGCAUCACUGGUCGGACACCUGGUUGGCCAAGGGCAUAGCCGAGUAUCUGUGUGGCCUCUACUCACGCAAGUGCUUUGGUAACAACGAGUAUCGCGAAUGGGUGCAAACGGAGCUGGCACGCGUGGUUAGGUACGAGGAACAGUAUGGCGGCAUCAUACUCGACUGUAGCCAGCCGCCGGCGCCACUGCCUGUGUCCAGCACGAAUCCUGCGGCCGCCGCCAGCAAGCAGCAGGAGAUUGUGCACUACUUUCCCAUCAAGAGUUUGCACACGGUGUCGCCCAAAUAUGUGGAGGCGAUGCGGCGCAAAGCGCAUCUGGUCAUACGCAUGCUGGAGCAUCGCAUUGGCCAGGAGCUGCUGAUACAGGUGUUCAACAAACAGCUGGCGCUGGCCACGAAUGCAGCAAGCACCAAAAUUGGUGCCGGCUUGUGGUCGCAACUGCUCAUCUCCACAAACAUCUUCAUCAAGGCAAUUUUCACGGUCACGGGCAAGGACAUGUCGGUCUUUAUGGAUCAAUGGGUGCGAACAGGUGGCCAUGCAAAGUUCUCACUCACCUCGGUGUUCAAUCGCAAGCGAAACACUAUCGAACUGGAGAUUCGGCAGGACUUUGUUAAUCAGCGCGGCGUACGCAAGUAUAAUGGACCGUUGCUGGUGCAGCUGCAGGAGCUGGAUGGCACUUUUAAGCAUACGCUACAGAUUGAGAAUACCUUGGUUAAGGCGGACAUUACGUGCCACUCAAAGAGCAGGCGAAACAAGAAGAAAAAGAUUCCAUUGUGCACCGGCGAGGAGGUUGACAUGGACUUGUCUGCCAUGGACGACUCUCCUGUGCUGUGGAUACGUCUGGAUCCGGAGAUGAUUUUGUUGCGGGAUCUGAUCAUUGAGCAACCGGACUUUCAGUGGCAAUAUCAGCUGCGGCACGAGCGAGACGUGACUGCCCAGUUUCAGGCUAUACAGGCGCUACAAAAGUAUCCCACAAAUGCCACGCGCAUGGCACUUACCGACACCAUUGAGAGCGAAUCCUGCUUUUACAAGGUGCGCUGCCAGGCGGCGCACAGCCUCACAAAGGUGGCCAAUCAAAUGGUUGCCUCGUGGAGUGGUCCACCAGCCAUGCUUAACAUUUUUCGCAAAUUCUUUGGCUCCUUUAGCGCGCCGCACAUUAUCAAGCUAAAUAACUUUUCCAACUUUCAAUUGUACUUCCUGCAAAAGGCCAUUCCCGUGGCCAUGGCGGGCUUGCGCACUUCUCAUGGCAUCUGCCCGCCGGAGGUGAUGCGCUUUCUGUUCGAUCUCUUCAAGUACAAUGAGAACUCACGCAAUCAUUAUACGGACGCCUACUAUAGAGCUGCACUGGUCGAGGCGCUGGGAGAGACCCUUACACCCGUCGUAUCUGUGGCAAUGCACGGCACUCAAAUCACCGUAGAUAGCCUUUCCACGGAUGCCAAACUGGUCCUGGACGAGGUGACGCGGCUGCUUAACAUGGAGAAGCAUCUGCCCUCGUACAAGUAUAUGGUGUCCGUGUCCUGCCUUAAGGUCAUACGCAAGCUGCAAAAGUUUGGCCAUUUACCCUCGCUGCCUCACAUUUAUCGUAGCUAUGCGGAAUAUGGCAUCUUUCUGGAUUUGCGCAUUGCGGCAAUGGAGUGUCUGGUAGAUUUUGUGAAGGUGGAUGGACGCAGCGAGGAUUUGGAGCACUUGAUAACGUUGCUGGAAACCGAUCCUGAUCCGGCAGCUCGACAUGGCCUCGCUCAGCUGCUUAUUGACAAUCCGCCUUUUACGCGCGAGUCCCGUAGUCGUCUGGACAAACCGAAUCUGCUGGAGCGCCUCUGGCUGAGUAUUAACACACUGGCCUAUGACACGAAGCUGCGCUGCGAUAUUGUAGAUCUGUACUAUGCGCUCUACGGCAGCAAGCGGCCGAACUGUCUGCAGGCCAGCGAGAACCAGAACUUCUACAAGGACUUGAUGAAGGAAAACGGCAGCUCAAGCGUUUCCUUUAAGAAGGCCAGCGAGCCCAAACCUGCAGAGAUCGAACCUCAAGAGCGGCACAAGCCUGCCAUGGUUACCAUAAAGCGCACCGCCACAGAAGCCUUUGAAGUGGGAGAUGAGAUCAUCAAGCUGGAGCGCAGUGAGGAGAUCACAGUCGUGGACGAGCCGGUUGAAGUGCAGGCCUUUGAUAGCGAAACCAAGGUGAAUGUGUUGCCAGCUGAGGAUGGAUCCGGCGAAUCCCAGCCCCUGAACAAGCGCAUCAGAACCGAAAUCUAUACGGAAGACGACAAUUCGAUAUCGGUGCUCGAUGUGGGCGAGACGACGCGCUACGAGAGCAGCUAUGACGAGAGCAAGCUGCGAGCUGACGGCAGCGUCAAGAAGAAGAAAAAGAAGGACAAGAAGAAGCAUAAGCAUAAGCACAAGCACAAACACAACAAGGAUAAGGACAAAGAUCGCGAGCGCAAGGAGAAAGAUCGUAGGGAUCCGCAAAUCUCACGUCUGCAGACAAGGGAGGCGGCCACGCCCGAAACCCUUAGCUCAGCGGAUAGCAGCAACAGCAACAGUAAUACCCCAAUGGGCCUGAACUAAGCAAUAAGCAAUUAAUUCGAUGUUAACGUAAAAAGUGAAUAAACUAAUUAAGUUAUAACAUUUCAUAGAAUUGUA